AUGGACCCAUCAUCACCCUGCACACCGGAGGCGUGCGACGUCUCCGAGAGCCCGUACGGCUUCCGCCCCACGCUAGUCGCCAGCGCCGUCUUCGCGACCGUCUCGGCGGCCUGCCUCGUCGUCAACGGCGCCGUCGCCGCCCGGUCGGCGCACCGGCACACCGCCACGGCGCUUUUCUGCGUCGUCGCCACCCUCGCCUGCGUGCUCGAGCUGCUCGGCUGGGUCGGCCGCAUGGCUGGCUGGAGCGACCCCUGGGCCGUCUACCCUCUCAUGCAGAGCCGGGCACUCCUGACCAUCGCCCCGGGCCCGCUCGCGACGGGCGGCGGCGGCGAGGGCCUCUUCGUCGGGCUGGAAGGGUUCCUCGUGGCCUACGCGCUAGCGGUGGUCGUCGGGUGCCACCCGGCGCUGUUCCUGCGGGACGGGAAGAUGGUCUCGCGGAUCGAGGCGGAGCCGUUCGUCGGCAUCGACGGCGUCGGCGGCGCCGUGCGGGGCGCGGAGCACGAGCGGGACCUGGAGGAGCUGAGCAAGGUGUACCAGAGGCACCACGAGGAGGAGGAGCGGCUGUCGAGAUUUGAGCGUGUUUGA